AUGGUAAACCUGUCAGUUGCAGACCUCUUCAGCAUUGUCAUUGGACUCUGUCCCACCAUGGAUGCUAAUCUUCAAGGAUAUUACUUCCAAAGCAAGUCAUUCUGCAUUUUCCAGGGCUUCUGUGUUGCCCUGUUUGGGUUGGUGGCCCUUUGGUCAGUAGUGGUAUGUGCUGUGGAGAGGUACCUGGUGGUUUGCAGGCCAUUCAAAGCCAUCCAAUUUAGUAAGAAACAUGCCAUAUUGGCCCUCCUAUUUGUCUGGCUCUGGUCAAUGAUAUGGACUGUCCCACCACUUCUUGGCUGGAGUAGCUAUGAUAUGGAAGGUAUUGCCUCAAACUGUGCCCCAGCCUGGCACAGAGAAGAUUGGAAGAGUCGCAGCUACCACUUAUCUCUCUUCGUUUGCUGCUUCCUGGUUCCUUUCGCCCUUAUUCUUUUAUCCUAUGGCAAGCUCAUUUGUGCCUUGAGAAAGGUGGCAAAAAGUGGCUUGGUCCAAAGCAAUUCAACCCAGCAGGCUGAGUCACAGGUGACUAAGACAGUGGUAGUGAUGAUCCUGGCCUUUCUUCUCAGCUGGAUGCCUUAUGCAGCCUUUGCUCUGACCAAAGUGGUGAAACCAAAGGUGAUAAUGGACCCCAAAAUUCAGAGCAUCCCUAUGUACAUGGCUAAAACAGGCACCAUAUACAAUCCAGUAGUUUACAUAUGCUUGAACAAGCAGUAUCGCGAGAGAGUCACAGCCUCCUUGCCCUGCCUGCAGAAAUGUUUAGUCAAGCCCAGUAAGUACAGUAGACCAAAUGCUCUGACUGCAGCCCUGAAGAAGAGACUGCAGGGGAACCAGCUCAGCAGCAAUACAAACCGGAUAGCUCCUGAAAUGAACAUUAGCAGGAACCUGCUCUUGCCAAAUAUGAACUACUGUGAUGACGAGUCCUUCUCUCAAUAG